UAUUUAUUGCAGUUACGUAUUUUAUACGACGUGAGAGUCUUCAAAGCUGGUGCUAGUAUAGUAGUUUCCACCAUCAGAAAUGACUGCAACUCAAGUACGUGUUCCCCCAUCUUGUCCUCGGAGAGUGAGGCCGAACAUUAUUCCAAGUCGUUCAGUCUGCAGACAGCUGUUUGGACCGGUGAAUCACGAGCAAAUGAAGGCAGAUUUGCUUCGCGAGAAGAGGAAGAUGAGCGAGGAAAACGCUCAGACGUGGAACUUCGACUUCGAGAAUGGAGUUCCUUUGGUUGGAAGAUACGUUUGGGAAAGAAUUUGCUCCACCUUGACGACUGAAAAGCCAGGUUCUAGUUUGCCUGACAGUGUCAAUGAGACAGGAACGAAUGAACGCUUGGGUUGUUUCAGUCUUCCUUCUACGGAACUUAUUACUACAGCUACUACGACGACAAGUUCUGGCGCGACCAAGUGUCCAGUAUCGAAUGACUCGUGUACUAAUCAGGCGGAAAACGACUUAGUAGAAACAAAAAAACGCUUUAGACACAUCAGGAAGACAAGAUCUACGGGAAAAAUCACGGAUCUGCUACGAUCGACGAAACAAAGAAAGUGUGAGAAGAGAUCGCGUCCAACCAGAAGAGAUUCAAAACCGAAACAAACAAGUAUGGACUUGUUCGUCCGCAAACAUUAGUUUCAACUUUUCAAAAAGAUCCUUGGAAUUAUCACACAGUCAGAGUAACUGGUCCUGUUGUGGACUCAACGGAAUGGAGAUUAUUUGUUGUACAUAAUAUUCAAAAGUUUCAAGUCUGGAAAUAACAUGUAAAUAAAUACUGAAGAUAUUCAAGAAUACACAAAAUUAUGUAAUAUAGCUAGCAAAUGAAAAGAAAACUAUUGCUAAAAUACAACUGUCAAAAAACACAGUUUCAACUUUUGGAGCAAAGACAUUUUAUAAUUAUUGUCAUUAAAAAGAUACACAACACAAACUAGCCAAUAAAGUUGGUUUAAGUGUACACUGUACCUUAGUCAAUUGAUCACAAGUUCUGUUCAAAAUCAACUACUUUCUCAGGUAUCAUUGAUACACACACAGAUAGUGAUGUGUUAGAUUUUUAGAGGCAUUUACAGUUAUGUUUAAUAGUUUUGUUAGAUAAGAUUGAGUAAGUUCAGCCCAACAACUCAAGACUUACUUGAAAAUAGAUCAUCUUCAAGGUUGCAUUGGUAAUUCACCUCUGUUAUAUGUAAUUAAAAGAAAACACUUAAGUUCUAAUA